AUGUUGUGUACGUUGUACUGGAGUAGCAUCGCCGACCUCCCUUUAACCCCUCACGCUCCUCAGCUCGACCCCCAUCAUCCAACGGAGAUCUCUGACUCGAGCCCACUUACUGUAUCCACCCUCUCCUGAACAUCAGCCACCGUAACCAAUGUGAGCGAGCAUCACCGAGCAAGCGGCCUCAAGGGACCCUGGUGUUUUGAUUCAUGCGACGCCCACACACACGACCACUGUCUCAACUCCGCUGUCUGAACCCCCCGCGCGCCACACACACCCUUAUCAACCCUGCAAAGCAUGUCCGCUAUGCGAUUUUUCAUCCCGCGAACUCAACGCAGACAUCAUCGCCAUGAUUUCUCUCCUUUCUCGUUGCCCCUCCGAGCGCAUCUCCGUCCGACAUGCCACCGCCGAGUAGGAGACCGAGAUACUAGCUCGUACUAUCCGUUUCUUAACUGCCGUGCCGUGCAUCUAACCGGCAUCUAUCGCAUUAGCAAGCCACUAGCUCCAUCUAUCUCUUCUCCACGAUCGUCUGCUUCCAAUAGUGUCUCGUCGGCGACUGACCGAGCGCUCCAAUGCCCGAGGAGAACCUUCGCGCCGACCACCUCCUCACCUCGCAAACAUUGUCAUCGACGUAUAUCUCCCUGGCGCGCCUUUUCUUGCCAGCUAAGCUUCAUGUUUGAGUUGUAACAGCAGUAUUUCCCCCAGACGACCUCCGGCACAGUAUUUGUAUAAUACUCGUUGCGGCCUAUAUCACCAGCCAUCAUGUCGCUCACCAAUUACCAGCUUGGGGCCCUUCAGACCGCAGAGCGUGUCUCCUCUGUUUUUUCAGUAGUUGGGAGCGUCUUCGUUAUUAGCACUUACCUCUACUCAGAGGCCUUCCACAAGCCUAUCAACCGCCUCGUCUUCUAUGCAUCAUGGGGCAACAUGGCCACCAACGUUGCUACUCUCAUAUCUCGGUCAGGCAUAGCUGCAGGCGUCACUUCCCCCCUAUGCCAGCUUCAGGCCUUUAUUAUCCAGAUGUUCAUGCCCGCUGAUUCCCUCUGGACGUUGGCUAUGGCAUUCAACGUCUACCUCACAUUUUUUCACCGCUACUCAGCAAGUCAACUUCGCUCCCUAGAGUUGAAAUAUCUGUUGUUUUGCUAUGGCGUCCCCUUCGUUCCUGCCAUCGCCUUCGUAUUCGCUGGGACUGAGGACAAGGGAAGGAUUUUCGGAUCCGCGACACUCUGGUGCUGGAUCACCGUUGAGUGGAACGCUCUGCGCAUUGCGAUCUUCUAUGGGCCCGUCUGGGUCGUCCUCCUCAUCACCAUGACCAUCUACGCCUUCGUCGGCAAGGUCGUCUAUAAGAACCACCGCCAAUUCCGCAACCUCCACACAACGACCGAUAACGCGACCACGACCGCCAUCCCUAACGACGGCGCCGACAGCGGUGACGCGCCCGUCAAUUCCAAGACGACUGAGGUGCACAUCACCAGCGAGUCCGUGCUCGAAUCUGGCUUUGACACUGCCUUUGACAGCGACCGCGACAACUUUAAGGCCCGCCCCAGCGCCGAGAAAUACCCCCGCUACGCGGUUAAUAUCGAAUCCUCCAUCGAGCCCACGGCAAGGAAUGAUGGCCAGGCGCCGCAGCGGCGCACCACGUCGACCGCCGACCGGGCUGCCUGGGCCUACCUCAAGUGUGCCUUACUGUUCUUCUUCGCGUUGCUAAUAACUUGGGUUCCGGCAACCAUUAAUCGAGUCGCCACCCUCGUGAACCCCGAGCUCGUUAGCUUCCCCCUUAACUUUAUCGAGUCGAUCUUCCUGCCCCUCCAGGGCUUCUGGAACGCCGUAAUCUACAUAUCCACCUCCAUCCCCGCGUUCAAGGCCCUCAUCUCCCCGCCUCGGCGCAGCUUCAUCGCCCUCACGGAUCUACCUAGGCGGACUGUCAUGGGCACCGGCACCCCGGAGAGCAAGUCGGAGAGUAUGGUUGAUUUAAGGGGGAACUAGGUUGCUGUGUUCGCCUCGCUUGUUAUGCCACGUCAUGUCAUAUUACGACCUUAUUAUAAUAUAACCUUAAUUUAAAAGUUUCGACUCGUUUAUCCAUCUUCUAUUUAAUAUAUUUUAUGCGCCGAAGCAGGUCAACACCUCUUCUCUUAUUUGAAGCAAGAUCACUUGGAGUGACUUUGAAAGUUGCGGGAGCUACUGUAUCCAGAAAGAGAUUGUCGAGGGUGCGGAGGUAUUUUUACCGGUCGAUUGGAUUACAAGUAAUAUUGAGAGAUAUCGUUCCUCAUUGAGCGCAGAGAAGAAAAUACGAGGUAUUGGGGGUUUCCCUAGGGAUAUCAUGAGAAUAAAUUUACUUAUACUUGAGACUAUAUGGCGCACCAUGAGACGCAUCGUAGUCCACAUACGAUUGCUCACAUUGCCUUGCGGCCCGUUUGGAGGGGUUUCAUUUAAACCAUUCGUAUCUAUAAGUUUGUUGCGAAGCACAUAGCCAUGGUACAUUCGCCAGCAGUAAGUACUUUAUAAGGG